CUAUGUCUAACCCGUCUCCGCGUUCCCUUCCACUAAGAACUCUGCGCUCUUGAUUAAAAGAUUCUUACGUUCUCCUUCCAUGAAUCCAAAAACGGGCAACGCAGUGACCCUUCUCCUAUGCUGUGGGUAUAUGCUUCGCUCUCCAUCCUCUAAAACCAACUGGUCUAAUUCCGCGAGCCUCUACUCCCCUCGUUACCUAAAUUUCAAACCUUCUUCUCAAAACGAUAGUCCGAUUCCUUACCACAAUCUCAUAUCAUCUGCAAUUUUUUAUGAUCAUUUCAAGCGCACUGAUUAUUUCCUUCUCCGAUUACGUCGUGUAAAUUCGACCGGUAAAGUUCAGACUUUGCCAUUCUUCAUCACCUGUACUCGGUCAUUUUGUCGAAUACCUGGCGUGCAACACUCUCCAGGCAGGUCCAGCUCUCCGAUGCAGUAUAGUAGAAGGAGUUCUAUGGGUUUCAAGAUCGGUCUGGAGCCUGAGAAACUUGCUGGGCUUGUUGAGGAGAUUUCAAGGGAUGCGGAUGACAUGGAAUCCAAUCUAGAUAAGUUGAAUUUAAUGCUUUUUCCAAUUACAGUUGCCGAUGUUCUCUGUGCUUUGAAUGAUCGAGGUAUCUCUGCAGUACGUUUUUUCGAUUGGGUCUUGAAAUAUCAUCCAAGUUUUAAACCAAAUUCAGAAAUCUAUAAUCUGAUUGUGAAUAAUCUGGGCAGAUUAGAGAACUACAGUUCUAUGAGUAAUGUACUCAGCGAGCUUUCGUCUAAAGGGUAUUGUCUAACAGAGAAAGCUUUCACCUUUUUAAAGUUCUGCAGUUCUUCCACUAUUAAGGACUCAGUUAGAACUGUAACUGAAGUUUUAAAUGGCAUAAGAGGCCCUUGCAGAGGUUCUGGUAUUCACGCAUUGAUUAAACUUCUAUGCGCAAUGAAUUUUUUCGAACUUGCCUUUUUUGUCAUGGAGGAGACAGUCAGAAAGACUUCAUAUUACAAUUUGCUGAUUGCAGCGAAGUGUCAAAAUGGCAACUUUAGGGAGUUAAUGGAUGUUUUUGAUGAAAUGAGAACACAUGGAUGUGAUCCAAAUAUCAAAUCAUACAAUUAUUUGCUUGGAAGUUUGUUUAAGAACGACAGGGUUAUUGAAGCCUGCGAACUUCUCCAGGUGAUGGAAGCUGCUGGUUAUGUUCCAGAUUUGAUCACCUAUGAGGUGGUUGCAUCACAUGCAUGUAAGGCUAACAGGUUGGAUUAUGCAAUUGAGAUUCUUAACCUGAUGUUGUCUGAGGGGAUUAAACCAAGGCCAACGACUCAUGCAGCAUUCAUUAAAGGGUUAUUUUGGUCUGGUCGAGUUGAGAAUGCAUAUAAUUAUGUCAUUGAGAUGAGUGUGAAGGAUAAGUGCUCAAACAAUUGUAAUUUUAGCUUAUUAGCUAAUCUUUUUCGGCUAUCAGGGAGGGCGGUCGAAGCAGGCAGUAUUCUUCAUGAGAUGAUGGUGAAGGGAAUCAAGCCUAACUUCCCUGUUUAUAUUAAAGUUCUGAAGGAUUUGCACAGUAUUGCUCGGGGCGAUUUGGCUUCGGAACUGAAGUCAAUGUUUGUGAAGUUUAACUCAAACAUGGAUGCUGGGUGAUCCUUGUCAUCUGAAGUUUUUGGUACAGUUGACAAGAUUUGAAAUUGUUUGCUUCCAACAGAAGAAUCUAUGCUUCUAUGUAAGAAUGCCAGUUCGAAGGGGGCUCAAGCAUGACUGUUUAAAUUACAAUGGGCAAGUGUUACAACUGGGGCUCCUCGAGUGCCUGAAGAAUUCGAUAGGUCCGGCCGUUCGCCAGAAAAUUGCACUGAUCUGAUUCCCGCGCCAGAAACGCUUGACGUAGGAAGACCGGCCCUCUUCAUUCUCUUAGAGAAGUUUUUGUUCGCUUGGUGACCUGGUCAGGGAUCGAGCAAUCGGCGUUGAAGAUGAGAGUUUCGAAGCGAUCGAUCGGCGCGGUGGCAGGAUGGGUCCGGCGACAGCCGCCAAAGGUCAAAGCGUUCCUUUCCGUGGUCUCUGGGAUGGCAGCACUCGCCUUCCUCAGAUUCGUCGUUCACGACCACGAUAAUCUCUUCGUCGCCGCUGAGGCUGUUCACGCCGUCGGCAUCUCGGUGCUCAUCUACAAGCUCACCAAAGAGAAAACUUGUGCCGGACUUUCCCUCAAGUCUCAGGAAUUAACAGCUUUGUUUUUAUCUGUUAGACUUUACUGCAGUUUUGUUAUGGAAUAUGAUAUACACACGUUGUUGGAUUCUGCCACUCUUGUAACAACACUGUGGGUCAUGUACAUGAUUCGUUUUAAACUGAGAUCAAGCUACAUGGAAGAUAAGGACAAUUUUGCUGUAUACUAUGUGGUCGUGCCUUGUGCAGUGUUAGCUUUGUUGGUUCACCCAACGACAUCACACAAUUUUGUUAACAGGAUUUUUUGGGCCUUCUGUGUUUAUCUUGAAGCUGUUUCAGUGUUGCCACAGCUUCGUUUGAUGCAGAACACCAAGAUUGUUGAGCCAUUUACAGCACAUUACGUCUUUGCAUUAGGAAUUGCCAGGUUUUUGAGCUGUGCCCAUUGGGUUCUUCAGGUUUUGGACACACACGGAAGAUUGUUGACUGCUCUUGGAUAUGGUUUGUGGCCAUCAAUGGUCCUUCUCUCUGAAAUAGUUCAAACAUUCAUCCUUGCGGAUUUCUGUUAUUACUAUGUUAAGAGCAUCUUUGGUGGGCAACUUGUACUUCGCCUUCCUGCAGGUGUUGUGUGAGUUUGAAAAAGCCCUGCAGAGUCUGAUCUUAAGCUUCAUUUGGGACGGAUUUUUUACUGAUUCUUAAAGCUGUUUUUUAAAAUUUUUAUACUAAAAAGUUGUUUUAAGACGCAAUAAGAAAGCUGUUUCAAACGAAGCCUAAGUAUGUUGCGCAGCAGAUUUUAUUUUGAUAAAUUAAUUCAUAUUUUGAUGCUUUUUACAAAGGCUAAUUCAAUUUCCAUUGAUUAGAGUGAUUUGAAGGUUACCAUUUUGACUUAGAUAAUAGCUAAAAAUUAAGUCUUCUUCUAAUGAGAAUUAUUGAUUCA